AAUCUUCACAUGUUGACAGAUCUGCAUUCACUGAUGAUAGUGAACUCAAUAUUGAAUCAUUGAUUAAGAACUUGAAGAACAUGAUAAUGAAGAAAUUGCUUAUGUUAUAUAUAGUCAGAUCUCUCAUAUCUCUCUCUGUCUUCUCUGUUUCUUUCUCUGCUGCUUCUUCUCAAUCUUCUACAUCUAUCUCUGUGUCUGAUUCUCCCACUUCUGCUAUCUUUAUUUCUGUGACUUCUACUUCUGCUACUUCUGCUCUCUCUGAUUCUGCUGUCUCUGCUUUUGUUAUCAGCUCUCCCCAUUUCAAGAAGAUGUUAUGUAGACUUAAUAAAUCAU